AUCCCCACCUAAAUAGUGACCACUUACACCUGCUUCAUGUCUCAAUCGAAGCCAUGAAACUGCCCGUCUGAAGUUGUGCUCUUGUGUUUAGACCCUUCUCAAACACUUUUUCUCGUCUUGCCUGAGUUGUCAAUAAUCGAAAGCUAGUACCAUAGCUCUCUCUUCUCUUCCAUCACCACCAAUCCAUCUUCCACGGCACCAUCACCAUGUCAACAAACCCCAACACCGUCAGCCAACCCGGGGCCGAGGGACAAGAUCCCUCAGACUACAAGCCCCAGCUUGAUCAAAUUGCCGAGCAGAAAAGAAAGGGUCCAGAGGAGCAACAACAACCCCAACAAAGCGGAGGAAGCGGGAUCGUUGACAAGAUCUCGGAAUACGUUCCAGCAUCAGUUAGCGAAACGAUUGGACUAGGAAAGAAGCAGCAGCAGCAGCAGCAGCAGCAAGAAGAGAUGAAGCCCAAGGAAGAAGACCUCAGCGCUGUACCACCGCACCGUCCUCAUCACGAUGAACAGAUUCAAGAGUUCAUUAGGGAUCAGCAUCGGAGCAAGGAGAUUUUGGGUGAUGAUGAGGAGACAAAGGGUAAUUGAAGGGUUAGGGGCUGAGGAGUGAUAAGUAAUUAGCAAGCGGGAGGGGGUUCGAAAGAUACUUGGCGAAGUGCGCUUUCAACAAUGACCAUCACAUGUUCAAACUACCUAUCUCUACAAUCGUCUCUUUUAACUCUUGAAAUUCUCUGAAAU